AUGCCCCCCCAACAGGACGCGGUGCUGACCCUGGCGGAUCGCUGCUCGCCAGACGCCGGCCGGCGCCGCGAGACAGCGCGCGGAGGAGACCACCCCGCCUGGCAGCUCCGGGGCGACCGGGUCAUGACCAGACCGCCGGGGGAAGAGGACGAGUGGAAGACCUACCGAGAGGAAGCCGAGGACACCGCUCCAGACGAGCCCGAGCACCUCUCCGACGGGGAACUGGACGCGGACGCACCCCACGACCCCGGCGAGGCACCCUGUCCCGCAGAAACCGCGCCACGAAGGGAGGCCCCCAAGAGCGAGCCGCCCCCGCGGCAUGAGACACCUACGGAGACUCACACCACUCCGCGCCGGCGGAGAAGGGGCCGGCCACGCCACGCCAGGUGCCGGGUGACAGAAGUCGCGGCGGACGACUCCGACGACCCCGCCAGAGCGACCCCUGACCCCGAACCCAUCAUAUCCGACCCAGACGAGGACGAAGAGGAAUCGCCCCCGAGCCCGAUUAGAGGUGGUUGGGGGCACGCGGCCUCCCUUGCCGACGCAACUUUCCGCGUCACCGUCACACAACUGCGCGAGGAGGGGGCUGGACGUCCCCGUCGGACACGACGCAGACCCGCGAGGCUGCGGGAGUUCGUCCUGAACACCACCCCGGGGCGGAGCUCACCCAGCCCGGCGCUGAUACCCGAGCGGGAACGCCAGCCCUACGGACGCUGCAGUUACAGGUUCUAG